AAUGACAGAUGACGGCACCAACAAUCACGUGAAACUUCAAUAACGAUCAGCUGGGCCAACUGUGAACUGGGGAGUGGUUGAAAGGGGUGUUUUUCUAGAUUUGCUCUAUUUUCGAAGCACUCACACAUCUCAUUUAGAGAGAAGUAAAAGAAGUAGUUCAACAUCACACCAUUCAGAAGAAAUGAGUGAAUAUUGGUUGAUAUCUGCUCCUGGUGACAAAACCUGUCAGCAGACAUGGGAUACCAUGAACAACAUGACUAGUAAACAAAAUAAUUUAUCCACUAAUUAUAAAUUUCAAAUACCGGAUUUAAAAGUUGGUACUCUUGAUCAAUUAGUAGGUCUUUCCGAUGAUUUGGGUAAACUCGAUGGGUUUGUCGAACAAGUUACUAGAAAAGUGGCUCAUUAUCUCGGAGAGGUAUUAGAGGAUCAGAAGGAUAAGCUGCAGGAAAACCUGAUGGCUAAUAACGCGGAUUUACCGAGUUAUUUGACCAGAUUUCAAUGGGAUAUCGCUAAAUAUCCCAUAAAACAAUCGCUGCGCAACAUCGCCGAUAUUAUAAGUAAACAAGUCGGUCAAAUCGACGCCGAUCUCAAAACCAAAUCGGCCGCUUAUAAUAAUUUGAAGGGAAAUCUCCAAAAUUUGGAGAAAAAACAAACGGGAAGUUUAUUGACGCGCAACUUGGCGGAUUUGGUAAAAAAAGAGCAUUUCAUUCUAGAUUCCGAAUAUUUGCAAACGCUACUGGUUAUUGUUCCGAGGGCUCAAACGGCCGAAUGGAACGCGACGUACGAAAAAAUCACCGAUAUGAUAGUACCGCGUUCGUCUCAAUUAAUAACCCAAGAUAACGAAUACGGUUUAUAUACGGUGUCUCUUUUUAAAAAAGUCGUCGAAGAAUUCAAAUUGCACGCCAGAGAAAAGAAAUUCAUCGUAAGAGAUUUUACUUAUAACGAGGAGGAAUUGGCAGCUGGGAAAAACGAAAUAACCAAAUUGGUUACCGAUAAGAAAAAGCAGUUCGGUCCUUUGGUUAGAUGGUUGAAAGUUAAUUUUAGCGAAUGUUUCUGUGCCUGGAUUCACGUCAAAGCCUUAAGAGUAUUCGUCGAAUCCGUCUUAAGAUAUGGUUUACCAGUCAAUUUCCAAGCUAUAUUGAUACACCCCAAUAAGAAGAUGACGAAACGUUUAAGAGACGUUUUGAAUCAACUUUACGGUCAUUUAGAUAGUAGCGCUGCUCUUUCGGGACCCAAUGUCGACAGCGUGGACAUUCCCGGCCUCGGAUUCGGCCAAUCCGAAUAUUACCCUUACGUUUAUUACAAAAUCAACGUCGAUAUGAUAGAAUCGAAGAUCUAAAUUAGAAAAAAUAAUAAAUUGAAUCCUUUUACUUAUAUUAUAGGUUUCAAAAUACAUAAUAAUAAUAAAUAUUCAAAAAUGAAAAUAUUUUUCGCAUCUAUAUAUAUAUUUCAGAAGGGCCCUUUUGGAAUAAUGCGCGUAUUACGUCAUCCAAAUAGAAAAUUAAUAUUUUUACAUGCAAUAUUCCACUAUUUUUUAUAUGUUUUAAAAGGCAUUUACUCAUUUUUUUUGUUUGUGUCAUAUUAUCUCGUAUAAUACCCGAACGUACCAAAAAUUUCCCUUAUCACCGUCACCGGUCCCAUACGUACUCGAAACGGUGUAGUUGCGGUAUGGUUAAGUGUGACGUGGCCCUAAUAAUCCUAUCAGAUUUUACCCUUUUCCGGUAUUAUUACGGUGCCGUUUAUUGUGACCCGGCCUUAAUACUACUUAGUUUCCCAUGAAAUGUUCCUCCACUAUUUUAAUGCUUUGUUGUUGUUUUUCUAUGGUCUUAGUUUUAUGAUCUAAAAUCUUCUUGAACUCAUUACCGGUACGUAACACUCAAUUAAGCCCGACACAAGCGUAACGGCACCGUAAAUCGACCAUAUAUGAUUGAUCGCAUCUUAUUUUGACAUAUUCCGGUAUCGUUUAUUGUGACCCGGCCUUAAUACUACUCAAUUUCUCACGGAACUUUCUUAUUUUACAUAUAAUUCGUGCUUUAUUAGUGUCAUUUCUCGUUUCUUCUGAUCUUUUACUUCACUUAACGUAGCAUAAAACAAUCUCGUAUAUACAGAGUGUUCAAUUACAAAUUUUAUUUUAUAUAAAUCCAUUAUUUGAUUCGUAACAUUCGAUAGGAAAAACCAACGUAUUUUUUUGUGUUUUUGGUCAUUAUAUCGGAAUAUAAAACGGUGUAAAUUAAGGUCGAUGCACACUUAAAUUCUCCCAUUCCAAGAUUGACUCAUUUUUUUUUGGCACAUUAAGUCAUCGGUGCGUUUCGUUACAGUCCGUUACGGAUAUUGUCUACCUUAAUAUUAUUCAAUACCUUCGAUUUUAUAGAGUGUUUUAUUACCGUCUUGUGGAUGGAUCUUUUUUGUGUUAUAUUUGGAGAUUUUUCGUUAAACGGGCGUUUAACUUGUGCGGGACUUUCGUUUAGUGUCGACACAAACUCGUAACGGUACCGGAUAAUCGACACGUUACCGUCUAGUGUGACUCUACCUUAAUCCUAUUGUUUCUAAAUUCGAUAUUUUUGGUGGUUUUUGAGUGUUUUUGUUAAUUAUGAAUAUUUUAUUGGAUUGAUGAAAUGUUUGGGUAUUAUACGGGGGUUAUUGAAUAUAUUUAGACGUAGUGAGAUGCUUAAAAGUUGACAAUACAUUUCAUUAUUUUCUCCUGGGGUAGCAAUUUUUUUCUUCGUAAAACAGUAUUCAUUGUACAUAAAUAUUGUA